AUGAAUGGGAAAAAUCAGACUAUUAUGAUGGAAUUCAUUUUGUUAGGUCUUUCUAAGCAUCCCAAAGCGGAGAUUGUACUUUUUCUGUUGUGCUUGGGGAUAUAUUUGGUCAUUUUGCUGGGGAACUCAUUUCUCAUUGUUUUGAGUAUCCUGGAUUCCAACCUUCACACCCCCAUGUAUUUCUUCCUUAGUAACCUCUCCUUCAUGGACAUCUUUGGUACAUCCUCUUUUGUGCCUCUAAUGUUGGUCAAUUUUCUAUCAGUCAGGAAAACAAUAUCCUUCCCAGGAUGUGCACUACAAAUGUAUCUCACUUAUGCUCUGGGAACAGCGGAAUGUGUGCUAUUGGCUAUGAUGGCCUAUGAUAGGUAUGUGGCCAUCUGCAAUCCCCUGAGAUAUAUCAUCAUCAUGAAUACAAGAGUCUGUGUUCAGCUGGCAGCCCUGAGCUGGAUAGUAGGUACCAUAAAUUCAUUAUUGCAAACAAUUCUUGCAUUGAGGCUUUCCUUCUGUGGAAAUAACGUCAUCGAUCAUUUCUUUUGUGAAAUCCUGGCUGUUCUGAAACUGGCCUGUGUUGACAUCUCCCUCAAUGCUUUUGUGAUGUUGGUGGCACUUGUACUGGUCAUAUUGCCUCAGGUGCUGCUCAUUUUCAUCUCUUAUGUGUUCAUCCUUGCCACCAUCUUGAGACUUAACUCAGCUGAAGGAAGAAAGAAAGCCUUCUCCACCUGUUCAGCACAUCUGACUGUGGUCAUCAUAUUCUUUGGGACUAUAAUCUUUAUGUACUCAAAACCCAAGGCAAAGGACCCAGAUUCAGACAAACUGAUUGCCUUAUUCUAUGGUGUAGUGACCUCCAUGCUGAAUCCCAUUAUCUAUAGUUUAAGGAACAAAGAAGUGAAGGCAGCAGUUAAAAAGGUAAUGUUCUCCAGAAGAACAUGA